GAAAAAGAGGUAGAGGGGGUUCAGUUUCAGUUCAGUUGAUGAUUGCCGUAUAUUUUCAUGUUGAUGUGAGCGUUACGCCGGGUUUGACUUGUGGUCUUUAUUAUAAUUCUAACUUUAUUCUGAUUCAAAAGUAAAGGGAAUUAAAAGCGCAUUUUAAACUUCAAUCUCGAUCAUGAUUGUUGUCCCCAGGCAACCAUCAUGGUCAGUAGUAGCGAUGGUGUGGCUCAUGUGCAGUCCAGUACUCACAGUCGACCGAAACAACUUCAAGAAUUGUGAACAGAGCAGCUUUUGCAGACGAUGCCGUAAAAUGGAAGCUGGUAGAUCAAGCUAUGAGCUGCAGCUAGAUACGAUACAAGUAAGUGAGAGUCAGGUGGUAGGAGAUCUGGUGAAUGCAGACAAUGGUGUGCACUUCCGCCUGGUACUGACCUCACUGACUGACGGCCGCUGGCGACUGGAGGUGGACGAGGCUCAGCCUACUAGGGCACGCUACAGGGUGCAGCAUGUCCUUCAUCAGGAGCCUCCUAAUGACAAGUUAGAACUCGCAGAGAAGACUGAAAACUCUGUAACUGUCAAGAGUGGGGUCAAUAAAGCAGUGCUGGUCGGAGCUCCAUUCCGCUUGGACAUGUACUCUGGUGAUCAGCUGGUUCUGAGUGUUAAUGCUCGGGGACUCUUUAGGUUCGAGCAUCACCGCACCAAAUCUCCUCCGCGAGAAGAAGGAGAGCCUGAGGAUCCUCAGGAAAUAACGGAUCCCGGGGCAUGGGAGGAGAACUAUAAAAGCCACCAUGACUCCAAACCUCGAGGACCGGAAGCUGUGGCUCUGGACUUCUCUUUCCUGGGGGCCGAGCAGGUCUACGGUGUGCCUGAACAUGCAGACUCUCUCGCACUUAAAUCUACCGGGAAAGGGGAUCCUUAUCGUCUGUACAACUUAGAUGUGUUUGAGUAUGAGGUAAACACCAACAUGGCUCUCUACGCUGCCGUACCUUUUGUCAUUGCUCACAGCACCUCUCAAAGUGCUGGAGUGUUCUGGCUCAACACUGCUGAGACUUGGGUGGACGUGGCCAGUAACUCUGACAACAAUGUGGUAUCCUCCAUCGUCAACUUUGUCUCAGGCAGCAAUAAGAAACCUCAGGUAGAUGUGCACUUCAUGUCUGAGAGCGGCAUCAUCGACGUGUUCUUCAUGAUGGGGCCUACACCUCACGAUGUGUUCAGGCAAUACUCAGGACUCACAGGAACUGCUCCACUACCACCCUAUUUUGCUCUGGGUUACCACCAAUGUCGUUGGAACUACAAUGAUCAAGAGGAUGUAGACAUGGUGAAUAGAGGUUUCGACCACUACGACCUGCCCAUGGACGUCAUGUGGUUGGACAUCGAACACACUGAUAACAAGAAAUACUUCACAUGGGACAACUACAAGUUUUCCAAGCCCCUGGACAUGCAGAACAACCUGACUGCUGUAGGGCGCAAGCUUGUGGUCAUUGUCGACCCCCAUAUCAAGCGGGAUGGUGGCUACUUUGUACACAGCGACCUGGAGGCCAAGGGCUACUACACCAAAAACAAAGAUGGCAAUGAUUACGAAGGUUGGUGUUGGCCAGGUUCGUCAAGCUAUCCUGACCUGGUAAACCCGGAGGUGAGGGACUACCUGUCAGACCGGUACAGUCUCGCCAACUACCAGGGAUCAUCAGAGAACUUGUUCAUCUGGAAUGACAUGAAUGAACCCUCUGUGUUCAACGGACCCGAGGUCACUAUGCCCAAGGACUGCAAGCACUUUGGUGAUCUGGAGCACCGGGACAUACAUAACCAAUACGGUCACCUACAUUUGAUGUCCACGUACAAGGGCUUGCUGAACCGGGCAGGAGAGCCAGACCCGGCCAAGCGAAAGAGGCCAUUCAUUCUGACACGAUCAGGAUUCGCAGGAUCUCAGCGCUAUGCCGCCAUCUGGACCGGUGAUAACGCAGCCGAGUGGAACCACCUCACCAUCUCCAUCCCCAUGUGUCUAUCGUUGGCAAUCAGCGGUUAUUCCUUCUGUGGUGCUGAUGUUGGCGGCUUCUUCAAGUACCCAGACAGCGAAUUGUUCAUGCGCUGGUACCAGACUGGAGCAUUCCUGCCGUUCUACCGUGCCCACUCGCACAUUGAUACCAAGAGGCGUGAGCCGUGGUUGUAUGAUGCGCAGACACUGGCUGUGGUACGCGAUGCUCUGCGGCUACGGUACACAUUCCUGCCGUAUUGGUACACAGUGUUCUACCAACACAACAUGACCGGAGCCCCUGUCAUAAGGCCCCUGUGGGUGGAGUUCCCUCACGACCGGCCUAGCUUUACAAUCGACAACCAACUAAUUAUUGGUAAUGCUGUGAUGGCUCGGCCUGUGACAGAAUCCAAGGUGCAACAGGUGCCAGUGUACUUCCCCGGGGCCGAUGAGAUCUGGUAUGAUCUAGACACCUUCCAGGCUUAUCACACCAACGCUGUGGUCAAUGUGCCUGUAGACAUCAACAAGAUCCCACACUACCAGCGAGGAGGUACCAUUGUCCCACGAAGGUUCAGAGUCAGAAGGUCAUCCUCACUCACACACGAAGAUCCUUACACACUGAUUGUCGCCUUAGGAAUUAAUGGUACGGCUCGUGGCAACCUGUACAUAGAUGAUGGGGAGACUUUCCAAUACCUGUAUAAUAAACAAGGUUUAUACUUAGAAUUCAAGUUUGAAAACAACCAGCUCACUUCUUCGUUUGCUGUACCAAAUCACCAUUACCCUACCAAAGCAUGGGUAGAACGUGUGGUAAUAGUGGGGCUGCCACCCGGCACCAAGAAAGCUACGGCCAUCUCCGGAGAUGGUAAGUCAGCUGAGCUGGAGACGACGUACGACAGCUCGCUCCAGCUGCUCACUGUAAGGAAACCAGGACUCAGCCUGGCCUUAGAGUGGAAAAUCUCGCUACUCUAACAUCGCGACCACGCCAAGUAGAGACUUGUCAGUGUUUUAUACGAUCAUUUAUACAAAAAAAUACGAGUAGACUUCUAAGUGAAUGGUGUGUACUGCAUCUCUUCUAGUGAUACAUUGUUGUCAGUGAUUUGUUCAAGGAAUAUUUUGUAGCUUUUAAAAUGUACUUUUAUUCUAGGGUUAUUUUACGGGUGUAUUCAGUCUCCAAGUUUUUUUUAGAUCACUUGUGAACAAAGAUAAUUGAAAAUUAGUUUACUACAGAGAUUCAUGGAAGGUUGUUUAGUUUUGCUCAUUUUAGAGUUAAUAUUAUGUUUUAGUAUGGAAUCUGUUAUCAAGUCGGUAAUGUUUGAAACUAAAAAUCAUUUGUUAAUAUUUUAAAUUGAAUAUGUAAUGAGAGUUAGAAAAAUGUUUGAAGAGUAUGAAUUAUAUUUGCAGAUUCAAAACUAUGUAUUAUAAUUUAUCAUAUUUAUGCAUUACUGUAAUCAUGUUUUAACUGAAUGUUGAACUUAAAUUUAAAAACAGUUAACCAUAAAUUAAUAAUAUGAACAUGAUUUAAUGAUUAGUUUAUUUUUCUAUAUUUCAUACUUAUUCCUAUCUCUAUAAAAAAUAAAUUUAAUUUAAAUGAUUAUAAAAAUAUUUUGCUCAAAACAGUUUCAAACUGAGCUUUCAUAAACAUGUUGGUUUAAUAAUGAACAAUACAAACCGAUGUAGAGUUUUAUAAUUUAUAACAACCCUGAAGACUGCUCUAUCCUUAUUUAAAUUAAUUGUAUUUAUUAUUAUUUAGUGUAGUCAAACCGGUGUAUUGAAAUUUUUAAAUUAAAUAGUUCUAAGACCGAUAAACAUUCCUAUUCACUCAUUUGUUUUCAUUUCAAUGUGCCCACAUAAUUCCCAAAAGUAAUUUAUUGUGUUUAACAAAGAAAAUAGUGGCUAUAAAAAUUCAAAAAUAAGUUAUGUAUAAUUAUUUUGUAUGAUUUUUUAUUAUUGAAGAACAAAGUUAUAAAAAACCGUCCUAAGUACCUAAAUUUUCUAUUUAUUGUUUGUAUCUGUAAUAGUUGUGUUUUAUUGAACCUUAAUUGCUUCCUAAAGGCUCUGAUCCUUGUUUAAAACAAAUACUGUUAGGUAGAACAUUGCAAAUAAAUUAUAGUAUCAACAGAACAAAAAUCUUAUAGUUCUAAUUUGUAAAAUUGAUCAUUAUUUUUGAUAAUCUAACAAUAGAGCUGAUCCAAUGUCAAGUGAAAUGCAUACUAUGUGUGACAACUAUUAUUGUAAAAUAAAUAAAUGUACAUGAAGCGAUAAGCAAAGUGUUGUGUUGUAAAGGAGAUUAUAUAUAUUUUUAAUUUGUAUUACGUAUAAUUUGAUUAAAUUGAAUAUCUAAAUCCUAUUAGGUGCCAUUUUUAGCACCAUACAUUUGUAUAAACGUGUUUCUAACGCAAAAACAAAAAGAUAAGAUGUAUGAAAUAAAAGUUACUAUUAUAUAAAAACCUGAUGCUAGUUAAGAAUUUUGUAUGCCUAGUAUUCAGAUUAAAUAUCUUAUUUGUUGUUAUAACUUAUUCAACACAAGGAUAUCAGAAAACUAUCACCGGAUAUGUGAAUGUGGAAAAGUGAGAUAAAAAAAGUAGAGUUUACUAUUUUUUUAUAAAUUGUGGAAUAGGCAGUUAUAAAGUAUGAGGUUGGCAAAACCUUCCAAAAUUAUUUGUGGUACAAAUCUUGAUCAGCAUUGACUGGUUGUUAAAGAAAAGAAUCUGAGAUUUCCGUUUAUUGUUGAAGUUUUAUCAAAAGAGUUAUCAAUAUUCACAUGUUAUCAAUAACAUGUAUAUUAUUCUCUUAUAUUAGGUACACUUCUGUAGUUUUGUUAUUUGUUCAAUUUAUUGACCUACUCCUGUAAACCAAACCAUUAUAAAUAUAACCAGAAUUUUACUGUAUUUUGUUAACUUAAAAAAAAUAUUAAAUGUAUCCAAUUUUAAUAAAAAUACCUAACAGAUUCGUAAGAAUGAGUAUGAAUAGCUGCUAAUGUGUUUCUUUGUUGUUACUAGUUUUUAUAUGUUUCCUAUUUUCUUCAGUCGCACAUCUGAUUGUAUGUUGUAAUUUAUCUCAUGGUGACUUCUGUUUCAAAAAGGAAUAGUAGAGAUCAAGUUCUUGUUUGUAUAACAUUUUAUGUCUGAGAUACGUGAAACAAAAUAAAUGAGAUCUCAUAAUUU